AUGAUAAUUUAUACUGAAGACAAUAGCUGCAGUCCAUUCAGAUCUGCGAGCUAUAAAAGUGCCAGCAAUCAAAAAACGGGCAGUAUUCGUGCAAAAACUCCAAAGCGUGAUAGUCAACCAUCGCGUGAAACAAAGAAAGUGAAAAAAAAAUGUACGACCGCAGGCGUUCAAGCUGAUGCUGACGCUGAAAUUAAAUUUGUAAGCAACUUUGCUUCGUUUCUGUUCAGCGACGUACGUUAUGAGUUAAAUGGCGUUGAGAUUGACAGUGUAAGAAAUGUCGGCCGAGCAUCAUUGAUGAAGCUAAUGAUAGCUUCACGUAUGUCACAUCUAAGUGGAUAUGCAUCAUUUUGUAAAGCAUUUGAGUCUACAUCGCCGCGUAGAGCAAAUGGACAAUCGAUAGUUUAUGAUGUUGUAAUACCUCUGAGUGUUUGGUUCUUAUUCUGUGAUGACUAUCGCAAAAUAAUUCUAAAUUGCAAACAUGAAUUGAUUUUAAAUCGUUCACGACAAAGCCUAGAUUGCACCGCCGGAGGUGGUGCAGCGGCCACGGCUGCGGUUGUGAGCAUCGCAUUGAGAAAAAUUGAAUGGAAAAUGCCUCAUAUCACAUUGUCGGAUCAACUUAAAUUGAACAUGCUCAAUUAUUUAACGAAAAAUCGUAAAAUUACUGUACAACAUCGUUCGAUGGAUAUGAUGGAGUUACCACAAUUACCAGCAACAACCAGCCAUGUAUGGUCAGUCAAAACUGUCUCGAAUCUAAAUAAACCAAGAUAUGUGGUAGUGGGCUUGCAAACAGGUAGAAAUGCCCGAAGAGUUGAGAAUGUAUCUAAAUUCGAUAGCUGCUAUGUGUCAGAUGUACGCCUACAUUUGAAUUCGCAGAUAUUUCCUUACAAUAUUAAUGCUUUAGAUAUUGGAGGCGGUCUGUUUGCAGAGCUGUACAAUUCAUACGCCUCCAUUCAAUCAUCGUAUUAUAACAGCACAGAAACGAUAAAUCCCUUCAAUAUUAACAAUGGUGUAUUCCAGGCUUCUCCAUUGUUCGCAUUUGAUACAUCUAGAGCUGAUGAAUCAUUGAUAGGAGGCGCUGUUGAUAUUAGAGUCGAAAUAAAAACGCAACAAAAUAUACCGGCGAAUACAACCGCAUAUUGCCUGAUCAUAUAUGACAAUGAAUUUACUUAUUCACCAUUCGAUGGAAUAGUUGUGAGAAAUGUAUAA